AUGGUCCAGUGGCUCGCCGACCCCACGGUCCACGCCCAGCGCACCGUCCGCGAUGGCCUCCCGCCCAAGCGUCCCGCCCGCCGCGGCUACUCCGUCACCGACUUCCAAGGCGACGCCAUGCCUGAAUUCAUAGCCGCUCUGCAGGCAGCCUCCAUCAGCAGCAGCACAACGGCACCAUCACCAUCACCCUCGUCGUCCACCGCACACAUCCCGACCGAGGCCAGCAUUCCCGAAAACGCCGUCCUGCGCACCACGCCGCAGCCGCCGUCCGCGCCGCUGUCCACGCAGACGCAGCAGGCCCUCGUCUCGUCGCUGCGGCCGCAGCUCAAGAAGAAGCCGCCGCGCCGCUCGUACUCGGCCACGGACAAGGAGCCCGAGGACGCCGCGCUGGCGCCCAACCAGCCCCGGCCCACCGCCCACAUGAGCCUGCUCGACCUCCCGCCCGAGCUGCACUACACGCUCUACGACUUCCUCGACCCCAUCGACGCCGUGUGCCUCGGCCUCGCCCACUCCAAGCUCUACGCCAUCCACCACCGCAAGAACAGCUCCGUGCCGCUGAGUAGCCGCUAUAACGGCCCCAACGACCUCGAGUGGGUGUGGCGUGGCGUCCGCCACCUCGGCGCCGGCAGCAGCCGGUCGGAGCAGCAGCAGCAGCAGCAGCAGCAACAGGAGAAGCAAGAACAGCAGCAAAAAGAGAACGCGCUUGAGAAGCUGCGCGUCAAGGGCCAGGUGUACUGCCGCAAGUGCGGCAUCUCGCGCUGCGAGCUGCACCGCCACCUCAAGAGCUGGAUGGGCGACGGGUACGAGUACUGCGAGAUCAAGGAGCGCUUCGGCAAGCCGGCGCCCGACGGCGCCAAGUCGUACUGCUUCAUGAGCUCGCCCAAGGACCGGAACCGCUGCGGCCGCCACGGCGGACUCAAAGCGAGCCCGUCGACGACGCCGGCUACGACACCGGCAGCGACGACCCGCGCGGCGUGGAUGUAG